ACCCAUUUCCCCAAACCUUCGCCUCCCUCACUCCCUUUCUCUCUCUACAAACACUCCUUCAUCGCCAAAUCUAGAGAGAGAGAGAGAAUGGGAGGCCAGAAAUUCGCCGUCCUCCUCUGCGCCGAGGAUUCCGACUACGUGAAGAAGCUCUACGGCGGCUACUACGGCGUGUUCGUGCGAAUGCUCAAGGAGGAAGGCGAGAGCUGGGACGUUUUCAGGGUGGCGAGGGGCGAUUUUCCCGCCGACGAUCAGAUCGGCGAUUACGACGGCUUCGUCAUCACCGGGAGCUGCAAUGACGCGCACGGCAACGACCUGUGGAUCUGCAAGCUCCUGGCUCUGCUCAACAAGCUCGACGCCAUGAAGAAGAAGGUGCUCGGCAUCUGCUUCGGCCAUCAGAUAAUGGCACGAGCUCUUGGAGGAAAGAUUGGAAGAGCAAGAGGGGGAUGGGACAUUGGAAUCACAGAAGUUCAACUCUAUCCAUCAAAAAUAUUCACUUCCCUCGAUAUACCUUCUUCGCUUUCCGUCAUCGAAUGCCACCGGGAUGAGGUAUGGUCUCUCCCGCCAGAGGCCGAGGUGCUAGCAUGGUCGGAGAGGACCGGAGUCGAGAUGUUUAGGAGUGGAGAUCACAUCAUGGGCAUCCAAGGCCACCCCGAAUACACAAAGGACAUCCUCUUGCACCUUAUCGACCGCCUCUCCAGCCGCCAACUCAUCGAGGAGUCCCUUGCGGAGGAGGGUAAGUCGAGGCUGGAGAAGAGUGAACCGGACCGGGACGUGUGGUGGAAACUGUGCACGAGUUUCUUGAAAGGGAGGUGGUGAUGGAAAAGGCAGCUUCAAAUAAAAAUCAUAAGGAUGUAAAUAUAGAUCAAAGUCAGUUGUUUGGCUCUCUAGAGAAAUGUCAUCAAAUGUGAUGAGUCUUGACUCUUUGAUUAAUUAUCGAUGUAUUGAAGCUUGGACUUUGAUUUUCACUAAUUUAAUUAUUUAAAUAAUUUCAUGAUCAA